UUUUUGGUGUGGUGUGGUGGUGGUGGUGGUUUGAUGGUGGUGUGUAGUGGGUGUAUGUGGUGGUGAUAUGCUGGUGGGUUAGUUGAUAAGGGUACAGUGGUUGUUGAUCGAUGUGAGAUUGAGAGGAUGGUUGGAGGCUUCAAGCGAUGGCAGUGAGGUUAGUUAGUGGUCUAAGUGAGAAUAAGGAGGAUGGGUGGUGGUUUCGGCCAAUGUAGGUGGUGUCGUGGUGGUGGGUUGAGGAUAGAAGAGGAUGGAGUGUGGAGAGAGCAUACAAAAUAAAUAAAAAAUUAAUAAUAAAUAAAUAAAUAAACCAACUAUAAAUUGACAUUUCAUUAAUGUGACCGGUUGUAACCCAAUUAUUACCAUCCAUUAUUUGGAUUUAAAUGAUUUUCUUCUCCAGCAACAGGCUCAACGUGGUAGCAUCGUGCGGAGAUUUUGACUUUUUAUAAAAUGGGAACGGUUCAAAAAGUUAUAGAAAAAGCAAGAUUAUUGCUUGUUUUGUGAAUACUACAACAAUUGGGAUUAUACUAAGUUAAUUAAUAGCUGGGAUUAAAAUGAGAAGACAUGCAAUAAUUAGAUUAUUCACGUUAAUUUUUUCUCAAAAAUAAAUAAUCUAAAAAAAUCAAAUAAAAAAUUGGUGAAUUAAAUGGAUAAAAAUAAAACAAAUUAUUUCAGAUGAUAUGAAAGAGCACAAAAAGAUUAUCAAUAAUGUCGAAAGAUGUCAAGGUGAAGGCUACAAGUCAAUUAAAAAACCAAGAAAAAUGUUGUUUAGUUUCAGUUAAAACAAGAGAAAAUACUAGUUUAUAAUAACCUUGACUUUAUGUUUAUCAAAGGGUGUAUAUGUAAAUUACAUUUAAAUUUGGUUAACUACUGUUUUUUCUCUCCUCCUUCAACAUUUUGUUGUUUUAUGAUUUUCUCUCUCCUCCUUCAACCUUUUGUUGUUUUUUCUCUCCUCUCUCAACCUUCAAUUUCAAUGGUGGAAACUAGACAUUUUCACUACGACAUCGAACAAGUCGAAAUCAAUGGAGGAAAGAAAACAAAUUAUUUUCCGACAGAAUAUUUCGUCGGAAGUAUUAAAUUCCGACAUAAAAUAAUUCCGUCGGAAGCAAUAAAAAUAUAACCAGGGUGCUUUAGUUCUUCGUAUUUCACGAAAUAGAAAGAGAAAAUAGGAAAAAGAGAGAACAAAAGAAAGGGAGAAAGAGAAAGAGAAAGAGACCCAACAACCACCAGAAUAUUCGCCGCAACCACCUCCGGCCUUUCACCGCAACCACCGGCCGUUGACCGCCGUCCCCUUGUGACUGCCAGGCCGCCGCUCAGUAAGUAGUUCUGCAAUUUUAUUUUUUUUGGUUAAACCCUUACCACCAUACCUUCUUCUACAGCCACCCCCGUUCCUCCUUCAUUGUUGCGACCAGAUCCACCUUCUGCCGCCCCUGACGCCGCCACAAGCCUCCGACCUCCUCCCCUCCUUCGCCGAGACCAGAUUCACCACCCUUUCCCCCUACUGAAACUUCCGGUAAGUCCUCCUAAUUUCCCCUUUUUUCUUAAUGAAUUAAUUUCCUCCACCGCCCUUAUUUUGUAGCCACCACGGACGCCACCUCCACCAAGCUUGUUGUGCAGCCACCACCGAGAUGUCCUCUACCCAUAGAUUACAAUUACUUAGUUUAAUUGUCAAAAUGAAGUGUAGAUCUAAAGGUGGUCAUGGCGGGGGGUAAAGAUGGAGAAUUAUCAAGGAAAACAAAGGGGAAAGGGAAAGCUCCCGCCGUUGUGAACGACGACCAUGAUGAAGAAAUGGAGGAUGCAAAGGCACAUGAUUUGGGUGCCACUCUGGAGCUCCCCUUCACCCAUCCACAGGAUCAGACACAAGAGCAUUCAGAGCUGCCAGUAUUAGACCCUACUACGUUUUGGUUUGAUAAUAACAAGGUGAGGAGUGCGGUCUCCGAUAUGCUAACUGGAUACUAUCGAGACCCUUGGAGGAACUAUGGAGAGGUAGAUGAAGGAACGAAACAACACUGGUGGAACUUGUUCAGCAAACAAUUCACAUGGACACCUCAAUUGAACGAGCAUGUGAAGGUCACUGUUGAAAGGAGGUUUGCAACUCGCCUACGUGACAUGUUCCACAUAGUCACACACAAGAUGAAUGGCGCCAAGCCAGGCUGGCUCAAUGAGGAAGUCCACAAGAAAAUGAUGGACAUUGUUGCCACAGAUCUAACGUAUAAGAAGAGGUCGGCCAUAAUAAGAAGAACAGAAGGGGCGGUUCGAUGGAAAAUGUGGUCGAACCAAGCCACUAUCAGGGUUCUAUGUCAGUUGUCCAACAUGCAAAAAGCAAAAAGGAUGGCGACGAAGAAUAAAGGCCAGCUACCAACAGCUCUUGAGCUUUUUCUGAAGACGCACUUCAAGGAUGUGCCUGGGAAAGGCACAGUGCUAGUCAACACCAAAGCGAAGAAAAUUGCGGUAAUAACUUCAAUAUAACUUAGAAUCAAACAUAUUUGUUCAUUUGCUAAGAAAUGAAGAAAAUGGGCAAAAUAGAAGUCACCUAGGCCAUUUGGUUCUAUUUUGAUGAAAAUGGUUCCCAAAACUUAGUCAAUUGCUUUUUUUUGUCAUUUCAAUCCCUAUACACCUAAAACUACCUAUUAUUGACAUGUUAUGAGAAAGAAAGAGUUCAUUUGCUAAGAAAUGAAGAAAAUGGGCAAAGUAGAAGUCACUUAGUGAUGUACACGUUUUAUACAUUGAUUUAUCCCGAUUUUACAUCAUAUUCUUGCAUGGUUUUAGGCUCUUUAGAGCCGUUUCUCGCUAACAAUCUCUUCUCUAGUGUGUUCGAUGUGUUUUUGUGAGUUUUAUAGGAAUUUGGAGUUUCUUGGAUGAUUCGGACACGUUUCGGGUGUUUAUAGGAGAUGUUAGUGAAGCAAAGAGGAAGAACAAGCUAAAAACGGACUACAAGCUACUUAAUUCUCCUGUGCCCUGUUGGGUAGUGCAUGCCCAGUUGGACCGGGCACUGAGGAGUUGUGGUUGGUGCUCGAAAUACAAAGGCAAGAAGCAAGAAUUUGGUAGCUGCAUCACGCGCCCGAUCGGGCUAGGUCCGCCCGAUUGGACCGGGUGCGUGGUGGUGGAAGGCGCCACAAGAACAAGAGCAAGGCAGCAAGCAGGAGGCCAACGUUUGAGCCUCGCGCCCGAUCGGGCACCACCUGCCCGAUGGGAUCAAAGGAAAAGAAGGCAGCGAAGGCAGCGCAGCUUAGUACUGCAUCCUGCCCGAUCGGACGGUGCUCGCCCGGUUGGACCGGGCACAGUUACGCGGAAACCGGAUUUGUUAUUUUCGAAUUUUUAUCUCAUUAAGGGUAUAAAUACCCCUUGUAAUCAUUAUUAGAAAACAGCAGUUAAUUCCUUAAGCUUUAUUUCUCUCUCUAGAACCCUAGUUACUCUCUUUCAUUGCAAUUUAAUUACUUCAUUAGAUUUGAGUAUUGUUCAUCAACAAUUUGAAUUAUUUCAAUU